GACGAGGUCUGUUAUUAUUAUUACAUGGUGGAUGGAGACAGUAAUAAUAGCCAGGUCGUUCGGUCCGUGAAUGUAUGCACAAUUCGGCAAUGUGUGUGUAUGUAGGCGCUCACAAGCAGGCCCUCGCUCUCUCUGCACGCACGCGCUGGGGAUGCACGAUGCUAACAAUGACUUGCGAUGUAGUAGUUAGUGCACAGGAUAGCAGCAGGAGGACGACGGUAACGAUAGACAUCACACACACACACGCACACGCACACGCACACCAUGGCCACCCAUCCACCCGCCCACACACACAUGAAGGCACACACAAUGGCUUAAACCCAGUCGGUCCAUCUCAGCCGUAGCCGUGGACCGCAGCGAGCCCGCGCCCAACCUGUAACCGCGGAGGCGACGGCGGAUCUCUCCACGAUCAAAUUGUCCAGGAGGGCACGAGGGGGCCUGGGUUGUCAGCGACAGCGGCGGAACUAGAGAUGGGACGAGGGCA